GGUGAGACUGACUUUUGCGCUACAGGAAAGCUCUGUGCAAAGAAAGAAUGCUGUAAGAAAACAUGCUUGUCGGGGAAAAUGUUUUUGUGUUUAAAAGCACUCAGCAAAAUCCUGUUUCUGGCUUAAGUGAUAAUUGGUCAUCAGGUUUCUUGUUAUAGACACAGAAAUGAAUAACUCAACGUACAUAAAUGCUUCUACGGACAAUGAAAUGGCACUGGGGAGCCCCUAUAAAACAGUUGAGGUGAUCUUCAUAGUCCUGGUAGCCGGGUCUCUCAGUCUAGUGACUAUCAUUGGGAACAUUUUGGUCAUGGUGUCAAUCAAAGUGAACAGGCACCUGCAGACUGUCAACAACUACUUCCUGUUCAGCUUGGCAUGUGCUGACUUAAUCAUCGGCGUCUUUUCCAUGAAUCUAUACACACUUUACACUGUGAUUGGCUACUGGCCCUUAGGGCCUGUAGUAUGUGACUUAUGGCUGGCUCUUGACUAUGUGGUCAGCAAUGCCUCUGUCAUGAACCUUCUCAUUAUUAGCUUUGACAGAUUCUUUUGUGUCACCAAGCCUCUGACAUACCCUGUAAAGCGGACCACUAAGAUGGCAGGCAUGAUGAUUGCUGCCGCUUGGGUGCUGUCCUUCAUCUUGUGGGCACCUGCAAUUCUGUUCUGGCAGUUUAUCGUUGGGGGAAGAACAGUUCCCGAUAGGGAUUGCUACAUCCAGUUCUUUUCCAAUCCUGCUGUCACUUUUGGCACUGCCAUUGCAGCGUUCUACCUGCCCGUUGUCAUUAUGACCAUUCUCUACUGGCAAAUAUCUCGUGCCAGCAAGAGCAGGAUGAAAAAAGGAAAAAAGGAACCAGCACAAAACCAAGAUCCAGUUUGUCCCACUCUAGUCCAAGGUAAAAUAGUGAAACCAAACAAUAACAACAUCCCAGUCAGCGAAGAUGGGUUGGACCAUAGCAAAAUUCAGAAUGGUAAAGCCACUGGAGAGAGUGUAACAGAGAACUGUAUUCAAGGAGAGGAGAAGGAGAGCUCCAAUGAUUCCACCUCUGUCAGUGUCAUUGCUUCCAACAUGAAGGAGGAUGAAGUUGCCAAAGAAGCCAACAGGGCUUCCAUUUCUCAACCCCACUCCAAAGCUGAGAACUCCAAGCUGACAUGCAUCAGGAUAGUCACAAAGACCCAAAAGGGGGACUGUUGUGUCCCAACCAACACAACCGUGGAGAUUGUAGGUACCUCUGGCCAAAAUGGGGAUGAGAAGCAGAACAGCGUAGCCCGUAAAAUUGUCAAGAUGACCAAGCAGCCAGCCAAAAAGAAACCACCCCCAUCUAGAGAAAAAAAAGUGACCAGGACUAUCUUAGCAAUUCUCUUGGCCUUCAUCGUUACCUGGACACCAUACAAUGUGAUGGUGCUUAUCAACAGCUUCUGUGGACCCUGCAUCCCNGGCACUGUUUGGACUAUUGGUUACUGGCUCUGUUAUAUCAACAGCACCAUCAAUCCUGCCUGCUACGCCCUCUGCAAUGCUACCUUCAAGAAAACCUUUAAGCACCUUCUUAUGUGUCAUUACAAGAACAUAGGAGCCACAAGGUAAAAAAUAAAAAUCACAGAAAGGGGGAAGAAGUUCCAAGUUUAAAAAAACACACAAAAAAACAAUGCCAUAGCACUUUAUGCUCUAGUAUGGAAUGUGCAAUCAAGGAGCCCAGUGGAGACACUGACAUGGGGCCUCAGCUCCAUCUUCGAGAACUGCACUUAAAAAAACUUUUUUCUUGGGGAAUGUUGGGAUGAAAGGAAGGGUCAGUAGAAAAAGCAGCCUUGAGGCACAGUUUCUUGCUUCCUGAUGGUCUCAUGGAGAAGGGCUUUAGUGUCUAUGAUUUGUUUCAGUUUGUAUAGAGUAAUAAUACCCUUUCUUUUCUUUCGGUCUGCUGAUGUGUGUCCAUUUGGAAAAAAAAAUGUAAGAAAACUUGAACAAUAAAUAAAACAUCAAAAGGUUCA